AUGGAAGUCUUUUUGAGCAACGUUCCCCAGACUCUGCCUGAAGACCAACUCAGAAAAGAGCUCAAGCCUUUUCUGACAAUUCUCGGCAUUGUCGACUGGAUUGUCGAUAAACCCAAGCGAAAGACCAUGGCCUGGAUCUCCUUCCUCAAGGCAGACGACGGUGUCAGGUUUCUGAAAAGACACGGCAAACAGGUUAUACCCGGCCAAGAGGGCGCUCUGCCGGACCAAGGCAAGCUGGAUCUCAGCAAGCCGGAUCUCAGAAAGCCGGAUCCCAAGAGCCCCCCCGUCUCCGGCGCUCGUACUCGCGCAGUGGCGCGGCUGCAUCUCCUGUCAACGCCCAUCUAUGCGGAGAAGAGCAAAAGGAGGGUGGCCUCGCUGACGCUGGGUCAACUUCGACACGAGCGCGAUGCGCGUCAAAAGAAGCCGGACAGAAGCCAGCGAGCAUCGGCCAUCUCAUGUCCUAUCAACAGCAUCUCAUGUGGCAAGAUCAUAUUUGGGCCGCCAGAAAUGGAGUUGAAAUAUGUACAGCAAAUUCAGCACCGCAUUAACGCCUAUGCUAGAUUUGAUUACCAGUCCUUGGUGGUGCAUCAGGAGGGCGUGGCUCGGAUGGACGUGCCGUACAACGCCAUCCAUGGGCUCGUGUUGGACCCCGGGGCGCAGAGCAUGACAUUGAUACUGGAAGUGUCCCCUAGAUUUUUCGCUCAACAGACAAGUCAUGACGAUGGCAGCAAGUGGGAGCGGCAAACAAGUUUUCCUUCGUGGAGAGACCAUCCCAAGUAUGUGGCCCACUGCCUGGUCUACCAACUGAUGAUUGCUGCCGACUACUAUCCAACAAUUGCCGCCCUUCGACAGCAAGACAUCCUGUCCCUCGAAUACGAAAAAAUGCCGCUUAUAAAAUCCCCGACACCCAUCGUCGAGGACUACGUGACGGGUAUGCGAGCAUUCGAGGGCAAGAUGCAAAGCUUCGGCGAUGUGCGAACCGCGUCAAUUCCCUUUGCAAUCCUCUUUCAAGUCGAGACGCUUGUCUGGAACAAUUACUUUCACCCUGAAGGCGGCCUUUCUGUGCUCCAAAUCCUCGAGAGAACAGCCAAAGAUCCGUCCUGGAAAAGCAGGACGCCGCCGUUUACAGCCGAGGCCAUGAAGAAGAUUAUACGGUUAAUCCCGUAUCCCACUCCAGGUAUAGAGCCGGUGGAAGUCAAUCCGGCGGCCUUUCUGCAAAGCGUGGCGGAAGAAGAGGCCGGCCUCCGAAGCCGGGAUCUGUCCAGGUCAGGAGUGUACGGUCCAAGCAUACCGCCACAUCAAACUUGGGUCUUCAAAGCGAUAGUGUCUCCCACACGCAUUUCUCUGCAAGGUCCCGAUCCGGAGAGUCGCAACAGGGUAUUGCGAAUGUUUCCCGAUCGUGGUGACCAGUUUCUCCGCGUUUCGUUUUGCGACGAAGAUGGGCAGCGUCUUGCGUUCAACCCCCGGGUCUCAAACGACCCUAUAUACGAGCGGUUCCGCGAAGUUCUCACAAAGGGCAUUCGUAUCGCUGGCAGACACUUUUCUUUCCUGGGAUUCUCCCACUCUUCACUCCGCUCUCACUCAACCUGGUUCCUGGCCCCAUUCAUUGACGCAGAUGGGCAGCGUCAAAACCGCGACACCAUCCUCGCCGUCCUGGGCAACUUUAGCGACAUUUUGACCCCCGCCAAAUGCGCAGCCCGAAUUGGUCAGGCGUUCUCAGAAACCCCCUAUGCUGUGGACUUGUUUGAGACCAGAAUCGGCGUUCGAUGGAUUCCAGACGUCAAAUCAGCGGACGGAAACCGCGUCUUCAGCGAUGGCGUGGGCACAAUCUCGUGGGGCGCCGUGGAAGACUUUUGGAAGGCACUUCCCAAGCGAUCUGCUGGUGUGACGUGUUUUCAGAUCCGCUGGGCGGGAGUCAAAGGUCUGCUCGUGCUUGAUCCGAGACUGCCGGGCAAGGUCAUUUGCGUGCGCAAGGAAUCGAUGAUGAAAUUUCCCAGCCAAGACCUGAAAGAGCUUGGGAUUUGUGAUGUAGCUUCAAGACCAUUGCGGCUAGUUUUGAAUCGUCAAGUUAUUAAGAUUCUGGAAGACAUGGGGACCAGUGCCUCGUGGUUUCUUGCACUUCAAAACGAUGCACUUGAUUUCCUACGGGCCGUCACCGCCACACCUCUGAACACCAGCACUUUCUUGCAAUAUCAGGACAUUGGCAGCGCUAUUGGUCUACCGUCUUUCAUCAAGCAACUGAGCAAGAUGGACAUUGACUACCGCCACGACACGUUUCUCAAGUCGGUUGUCGAACACGUUGUGCUGCGCGAGCUGCGACUGUUGAAGCACAAAGCCCGGAUUCCCGUCCCUAAGGGAGUGACCCUUUUCGGCGUCAUGGAUGAAACUGGUUUCCUCGGCGAGAAUGAAGUUUAUAUCACCUUUGACUCAACCCGGGGAAAGAGCGGGGAGCGUAUGGAUGCCACUUUGAUUGACGGUCCCGUCAUUGUAACUCGAUCGCCCGCUCUACACCCUGGCGAUAUUCAGAUUGCGAAAAUGGUGACACCUCCCGACUCUCACCCGCUGAAGAGCUUGAGAAACUGCAUUGCCUUUAGCCAGAGAGGAUCCCGUGAUUUACCAAGUCAGUUGAGCGGGGGAGAUCUUGACGGAGACCUGUACAAUGUCAUUUGGGACCCCAAGGCGUACCCCAAACAUACAUUUGAUCCGGCCGAUUACACACGCGUUGUUCCUCCCUCCCUAGAUAGACCGGUUACCCGCCAUGACAUUGCGAAUUUCUUUAUUGACUUCAUGAGGUCGGAUAUUCUGGGGCUGAUUGCCACCAGACACCAGAUUCUGGCUGACGUGCAAGAGGCAGGAACUAGUGACGCCAGCUGCAUCAAGCUGGCCGAGAUGCACUCGACCGCCGUCGACUAUUCCAAGACUGGGAUUGCGGUGAACUGGCGAGACAUGCCCCGGGCACCGCGCUCGCGCCCUGACUUCCUCGCCCCCGCUCCUCCGGUUUUUCUUUAUGACCUUGGUCAAAUCAGCCACAUUGCCGAGGACGACGACGAUGAUGACGGAAACGAUAUGAACAGCGCCAAGCCGAGGUAUCAUCGAUCCGAAAAGAUCCUAGGCCAUCUGUAUCGUGGCAUCGACGAGAAUAAAAUUUGGAGCGAGAAUAUUUACAGGUCUAUUCCUAAAUUGAGCUCAUCUGUGUGGGAGCAGCUGCUGGAGCGAGUUCAGGCUGAACUAAACCUGCGCCGGAUCAACAUGUACUACGAAAGUCAUCGCCAACGAGCAUGGAAGAUCCGCGCACUGUACGAGGACUCCAUCUCGGAAAACAUGUGGCACUUUUCAGAGAACUCGAGAAGCCACAUCACGGAAGCAGAAGCUUUUUGCGGCUCGAUUCUCAACAAGAGAGGCGUGCAGUCGCGGCAGCAGCGUGAGACGUCGAUCCAGCUCAAAGAUGAGACGGACAGGGUCAUGACGUGGAUCACCAAGCUCAUUCGCGAUGGGGUUGAACGCAUCGACGAUGAGGAUGUGUACUACAGCGACGAGAGCGACGAGGAUGACUACAGCGUGCUCCGGUUGUCUUGGGCGUGCCUGGUUGUCGGCUGCUCCAAGCCGGCCGACGGAGUCAAGGCACCGGAUCGCGGGACCGGGGAGCUCAAGAGCUUCCGCGUGAUUGCGGCCGCGUGCUUGCUCAAGGAGCUCAACGAUCUGAGAGGCAGUGGGCUCGACGAGAGGUUUCGGGCUCUCGGCAUCGGGGCACGGGAAUGA